AUGGCUAAAGGUGUCCUAAACUCUGAUGGCUGUUUCUUCGUUGGCACGAUGCUAGCAACAUGGCUUUAUGGAUGCUCUCUGGCGCAAACCAUGUACUACAUGAAAACAUACAGUAAGGAUAGAAUCUAUUUAAAGAUCUUGGAAAUGACUUGGGUAUGGUUGAUCAUCGGUCAUGCAAAUCCCGUUGUGGUUCUCGUUUUACCCAGUUUCUUCAUUAGCAACAUUUGGAGACGCUCCCUUGUCUAUAACAUCAGCAGCAAAGGACUGGUCUCAGGCGGUAACCUCAACUUUGAUUUCAUCACCAACAGAAAUAACUGCCUUGAAAGCAUUGUGCAAUUGUUGUCCUUUAUCAACCUAGGCAAGAACAACUCAAUGCCCCUGAUAGCGGACACGAUCCAUGUGAUGGCCCCCUUACCGGUCUUGAAUGUCCGCCAUCACAUCGUGGACAGCGUUGCGGAUGCCUUCACUCCCAUGUCCGAUCCAGUCUCCAUCUCGUCGCUCUAG